GUAAGGGUAGCGCAGCUUUCAGCUUUCAGUUCCUCUUGCAAUGGCUACCUUGAGGGUCGCCGCAGACGCGACGUCCGCCAACCUUUUCACUUUCAGUGCGGUAGCAAGCCUGACAACUUGUCUGUACUUGCACCGUUUCGAUGUACGGGGAGACGUCUUCCUGGCGUAUCUCUUGAUUGUGUUUGCGUCGACCGCAUCGCUGCUCUCCCAUGCGGGCUUGGGCACUUUUGAAACGUUGAUCCAAACGGCUCAGGCGAUGGGUCUGUACAUUGGAUGCAUGACCGCCAUCACAGUCUUGUAUCGCAUCUCGCCCUUCCACCCGCUCGCCGCCUUCCCUGGACCACUUAUCAACAAAGUGACGGCCCUCAAACUUGCCCACAUUGUCUGGUCCGGGAAACGAUACUUGAUCAUCAAGGACCUACAUGAGCGGUACGGCUCCUUCGUGCGCACAGGUCCCACUACGUUGUCGAUCAGCAGUCCCAACGCAAUUAUGCCGGUAUAUGCUUCGCCCCAUAGCAUGGACAAGAGCGAGGCAUACCGACCUGGAAGAUUUCACCCCGGAGGUCUCUUCUUCAUACGCGAGCGCGACGACCACAAUAAACGGCGCAGGAUCUGGGCUCCCGCAUUCUCCGCCCCCGCUGUGGAGCACAUGUUGAGCGUUGUAAACAAGCGGACGCUACAGAUGCUGCAGUGCAUAGAGCGACGGCGUACCAAGGAAGGUUUGCUCGAUAUGACAGAAGUCAUACGGCAUUGGGCCUAUGAUUUGAUGGCGGACAUUACAUUCGGCAAGGCAUCUAGGAUCGAACUCAUGGAAGAUGGGGAUCCGCAUGGUGUCGUAGCAAGCGUGCAGAACGCCACGGUCCUAUUCGAGACACUCGGAGAGAUACCACCCCUCUUCGACGUUAUGUGGUACCUGCCCGUCACGAAGGAUGUGCAUGUCCUUGACAGAAUCUCUAAGAAUAUCAUGGCUGAACGUAAGAAUGCGCCUGGGCAAGAAGAUAUCUCGGCUCACUUGCUCGGUGAACUCGGCGGCGAGCGUCUCAGUGACGAGGAACUUGACCUUGAUGCUACAUUCUCCAUCGUCGCCGGAUCGGACACCACUGCGGGUAGUCUCACCCUGCUGAUGUUUUAUUUGCUCAGAGACCAGGAGACAUAUGCCAGGUUGCGCGCGGAGCUCGACCAGCAUUUCUCUUCUCCCGAAGAAGCGAAUGACUGGAAGAAACUCGUAGAGCUUCCGUACCUGUUCGGCGUCGUGCACGAAGGGUUGCGUUUGGGAACGCCGUUCCCGGGCCUGCCGCGUGUAGUGGCCAAAGGCGGGGUGGUGAUCGACGGCAAAUACGUCCCCGAGAAAACGAUCGUUGGAGUACCGCCGUACGUUCAGCAAACUAGUCCCGAGAAUUUCUAUCCGAACCCUAUGGAGUUCCGCCCUGAGAGAUGGUCUCCAGAUGGUCUGGGGCCGUCGACAGUGACCAAGAAGAAUGCAAUCAUGUGCUUCUCGUCUGGCCCGUUCAGCUGCCUAGGCAAGACCUUCGCUAUUCGUGAGAUCCAUCUAGUCGUCGCGAAACUCGUACUUGCUUUCGACAUGCGUCUGGCACCCGGCUUCGACGAGCAAGCAUGGAUGGACGGAUGCCUCAAUAUGCGGACGACUCUGUUCAAGCAUCCGCUCAUGAUCACAGCGACUCCCAGGCACUAAUGGGAGCACACCUGUGAGGACUGAGAGUGGGCAGCUUGUAGAGGACCAGAUGUGUCAUAAAAGCGCUUGUCGUUCUUUUAUGGUCGGCAACGGAGACUACAAAUGUCACGUGGUGGAACUUGUAACUGCAUCUUGGUCGAGUAGCGGCGUUACAGUGAAUGCCUUUCGUGAAUGUAACAUCAGUACUGCAACUUCUCCGUCUACAUCGAAAAACGCUGGCUCACACUGACCCAUGAAUAUCAUUGUUAUCGACUGACUGUACGCCUAACGAGACGCUGCUAGUCCCAUCUUCGGUGGCGCCUCCGAACACCGUUUUGCGCUGUCAGCCUGAGCCGGCAUGACCGCGCGUAUGUAUGCCUCAGGAUCACCAGGGCGAAGUCUAGCUGUCUGCGGAGGAGACGAGUUUGAGAAAAAUGUGAACACAUUGUCGCAGUGGACAAUUCCAGAGGUCGCCCGUGUCGUCGAGCGGUCAGUAGCGACGGUUAGCGCCGAAGUUG